AACUAUAUCUCAUAUAUAACGGACGGCCACCGCAUUGCGUCUGACAGCAACUACAUUCUUGCAGCUGUCUUGGGCCCGGCACGAUACGCUAGUGAUGUAGCGCUGCUGUGUUCUUAUACUUGGGCGUUUAAUGGUAAACAAACCAGUUUUGAUUUCUUAUUGGUUAAUAAAGCCAUUAGUGAAUAUAUACAUGGCAAACAAGGGCACUCUAGGGCUGAAAACUAUUUAGACAUCAUCAGACUAUUCUUUGUCCUUAUAUAUGUUAUACAUGAUGACUUUCUUUCAAUCUUGUGCCUGGAAGCUUUUUUUGUGUUUGCUGCCUACCCUAUUAGUCACUGCCUAUGGCUACUGUUUGUUUCUGCUGUGAACCAUAGGUACAUGACUUUGUGUGGUGAAUACAGGCAUCAAUUCUCAUCUAGGCUGAGGUAUAUAAAGCCCUCGGUUGCCUCGAGCUGGGCUUCUUCCUUCUUACAUCCAUCCAUGGAGGAUUCCAACUUGGCGAUACAGCUAUUGUGGAUAUCCAUCAUUAUAGUCACCACCAUCAUCAAUACAUCGAUAAUAACCAUCGCGGGUUAUUUUAUGCUGGCUAUGGAGCGCAACUAUAGUGCAACGGAGGUGGAGGAACUCCUCAAGCCCUCCCAGUUUGUCUGGGCUGACGAGUCUGAGGAGCUGGAGGGGGAGGAGGAAAUAGAAGGGCAGGGUGAGAGGAGCAUUAGUGAGGGAGAACUCAAGGAGACGAUGGCAUCAUUCUACGAUCUCGAAAGGCAGCCAAGCAAUAGUUCUGAUGAGCUAGUUGACGAGGAGGGCGAGUGGUCAGACUUCGAUGAGGUGAUGUUCUCAGAGGCCACAACGCCAGAACCAGACUACGAGGAGUUAAAAAGGGCCAGCAUACAAGAGGAUGUCAACCAGGAGUUUGCCUUCCGACAGGGCUGGAUGGAGGCCGCUGGUGAAUCCAUUCAUCAUUUUAACUGGCUCGGUACCCCCAGAUACGAAUACUCCUCGACACCACCUACCAUCUCCUUGCUCUUUCUUUUCACGGCCCCCAAAAUCCCGAAACAAGGCGACGAAUGGCGUCUCGACGCAAUCAUGCGCACAGCCAUGCGACACGUUGACCCUGUGGUACUUCAUCCAGAGAACAGCCCCGAGGACUUCCGCCUGAGAGGAUCUGAGCUUGUCCGGUGGGCGAAAGGGAGGGCCUUCAAAUUCUACAGCCCCCAUGGAAACUGGAAAACGGACCAUGACGAUAUCGCAGGCGGCACCAUUAUGGACACCGGAAACAUCGAUAUGUACAUGGGGAGUCCACUUCACUUUGGAAAUGGGUACGUCCGGGAUCACACGAUCAGGUCACGGGCUCAAUGGGGGGUUGAACACCAGCGACUCUACGCAGAGAAAUUCCUGGCCCCAAGCCAAACCCGGUCACCAAAGACGCCAUACAAGCCUUCACACCUAAGGCAUUGUGUGUCUUCGGAUGAUCUCGAGGACUUGGAUGGUGCGGAACCUAGCAUAGCACCUAGGAUUCAGCGACCAGCCUCCCUAAUUCCACGCAUAAGGAGAGCAUUCAGCCAAAGCGCACCCGACUUGCUCGCCGGGCUGCAGAGAGAAACCUCCGUCCACGGCUUCGAGUCUGCCUUGGACUUCAUGACUGAAGACGGCAGCGAGGCGAUGACAGCGAUGAUGAGCACCUGGACAUCGGCGAGAUCGUCCAGCUCAGCUACGAAGAGUUCAAGGAGGCCGAGCGCCGGAGAAAAUACAUAAUAGAGAGGGCGGCACUUGAGCCUACCCUAGAAACUAUUCAUGAGGAGGACGAAUCCGCUCUGAAUAGUGAAGAAAACGAGAAAGUUAAUACGGUGGAUAAUGUUGAACAGGUCCAAGACGACCAGAAUAAUGACUUCG